UUCAAGCAGAGCCUCAGGGCCCACACUGAGGGCCCCCUUCCACUACGCCAGGCCCGUCAGGAGGGCCAGGGCGGCCCUGGUAGGGCUCCUGGUGGAGUCAGGAUGCCUGACUGGUUCUGCUGGUUUCAGUGGCCAGUCCUGGGAGGGGCUUGCGCUUGGUGGGCUCUAGGGCACCAUUAUUUCUCACCUUGACUCUUGCCACCCGCCAGCCCACAGGCUGGGGAGGUAAAGACAGGUCUGAGUCACUAGUGAUGGGGAGGGCAGGCGUUAAACAAGUGUUGGCUGUGGCAUCCCACAGAAGGCCCGCCACUGCCGGGACAGAAAGGCAGCAGAGGGAAGACCCAUGUGGAAGCCAAGGACACAGCCGCCCUGCUGAGAGCACGGCGGCCCACCCUUGGAGACCGUGACCUCUCGACGGUGGCCCUCCUUGGCCCUCCACCUUCGGCUAGGGCGGGGGCCGCCCAUCUCCAAGUCCCCAGCCAUGACGACAUCAGCGCUGCGGCGCCAGGUGAAGAACAUCGUGCACAACUACUCGGAAGCGGAGAUCAAGGUGCGCGAGGCCACUAGCAAUGACCCGUGGGGUCCGCCCAGCUCGCUCAUGUCGGAGAUUGCCGAUCUGACCUUCAACACGGUGGCCUUUGCCGAGGUCAUGGGCAUGCUGUGGCGGCGGCUCAAUGACAGUGGCAAGAACUGGCGCCACGUGUACAAGGCGCUGACGCUGCUGGACUACCUGCUCAAGACAGGCUCCGAGCGUGUGGCCCACCAGUGCCGGGAGAACCUCUACACCAUCCAGACGCUCAAGGACUUCCAGUACAUCGACCGCGAUGGCAAGGACCAGGGUGUCAACGUGCGCGAGAAGGUCAAGCAGGUGAUGGCCCUGCUCAAGGAUGAGGAGCGCCUCCGGCAGGAGCGGACCCACGCCCUCAAGACCAAGGAGCGCAUGGCGUUGGAGGGCACGGGCAUCGGCAGCGGGCAGCUGGGCUUCAGCCGUGCCCGCGGUUCCCCGUCCUCCUACAACUCCUCCUCCUCAUCCCCCCGCUACACCUCCGACCUAGAGCAGGCCCGGCCCCAGACGUCAGGAGAAGAGGAGCUGCAGCUGCAGCUGGCCCUGGCCAUGAGCCGCGAGGAGGCUGAGAAGCCGGUCCCCCCAGCCUCCCACAGGGACGAGGACCUGCAGCUGCAGCUGGCCCUGCACCUGAGCCGGCAGGAGCAGGAGAAGGAGGUGAGGUCCCGGCGGGGAGAUGACUCCCCUGUGGCCAAUGGUGCUGGGGCCGGACCCCACCGCCGUCGGGACAGAGAGCCCGAAAGAGAAGAGACAGAGGAGGAGAAGCUUAAAACCAGCCAGGUCCCACCCUCUCCUGAGCAUGGUUGCCUCUGCCCCCAACAGUCCUCCAUCCUGGACUUGGUGGACAUCUUCGCACCAGCCCCGGCCCUGCCCUCCACACACUGUUCUGCGGACCCAUGGGACAUCCCAGGUCUCAGGCCCAACACAGAGCCCAGUGGCUCGUCCUGGGGGCCUUCGGCAGACCCCUGGUCUCCAGUCCGCUCAGGAAGCAUCCUGUCCCAAAGCCAACCGUGGAACUUGCCCCCUAUGUUCUCCUCCUCUGAGCCCUGGGGCCGGACCCCAGCGCCACCUGCUGGACCACCCCCCACAGACUCCUGGGCACAGACCUCCCCCCACCACAAACUCCCCAACACUGGGGCCGAGCCCUGGGGGGCCUCGGUGGAGACCUCCAACACACCUGUGCUAGAUGGUACCUCGACCUUUGACCCAUUCGCCAAGCCUCCAGUAUCCACAGAGACCAAGGAGGGGCUAGAGUGUGCCCAGGCCCUGCCCUCUGGGAAGCCCAGCAGUCCUGUGGAGCUGGACCUGUUUGGAGACCUCGACCCCAGUUCCAAGCAAAAUGGCACAAAGGAGCCAGAUGCCUUUGACCUGGAUGUGCUGGGGGAAGCACUAGCCCAGCCCAGCAAGGACACCCCAGCGCGCCGGACUCCUGAGUCCUUCCUGGGCCCCUCGGCCUCCUCCUUGGUCAACCUUGACUCAUUAGUCAAGGCGCCCCAGGCUGCAAAGACCCGGAACCCCUUCUUAACAGGUUUCAGCACUCCAUCCCCCACCAACCCGUUCGGCGGGGGCGACCAGGGCAGGCCGACCCUGAACCAGAUGCGCACCGGGUCGCCGGCGCUGGGCCUGGCGGCCGGUGGGCCGGUCGGCGGCUCCAUGACCUACAGCGCCUCCCUGCCCCUCCCGCUUAGCAGCGUGCCGGCCGGCGUGACCCUCCCCGCCUCGGUCAGCGUCUUCCCCCAAGCCCGCCCCUUCACGCCGCCGUCCCCCGGGAGCCUGCCGCAGCCACUGCUGCCCACCUCAGGCUCCGCCGGGCUGCUCAACCAACCCCCGCAGGCCAGCACCAACCCUUUUCUCUGAGCAACGCCCCCGCCUCGGGCGGGCCGGCGCGUGCGCGUGACGCCCCGCCCCGCGUUGACGGCGCUGGGCCUCGCCCCCUGACGUAAGCGGGGUGGGGCUGCCACGCCAGGACCCACCCCGGGAAGGAAGGAAGGUUGAGACUCCGCCCCGAGGCCCGGGCAGGUGCUGCUCGUCGGCCUCCGCGGACUGUUUGCAGCUACUGGAAAUGAAGACUGACGACUUCAGUGGGGCCAAGACCACGCCUCAUAAUAAAGAAUGGAGCCCGCGUCCUCAGGUCUCACCAAGUGGACUUUUUGCCUGGCGUGGCGGCCAGGCCCGGACCCCAGCACGAAUCACCGGCUGCCGUGGGAACGACUGCUCCACAAUGUGGGGCACAAAAAUGCUCCCACUUCCUGUACAGCACCCUCAGCCUGGCACCUUCGCUUCCACAUGCUCCCCAGACUCUUAUUCAUUCAACCAUUUAUCACACAUCGGCGCGGGGGAUGAUCUAAUAGCAAGGGACAAUAGACAGUUGUUCCCUUGCGCACUCGUUAUGUGCUAAGCACUUUAGACAGAUUAUUUCAUUUAAUCCUUGCAUCAAUGUUCUGAGGUAGAUAAUAUUACUCCCACUGAGGAAUGGCUACAUAAUUUGUGCAAAAUGAAAACGUGGGGCCCCUUGUUCAAAAUUGGGUUAAGAUUAUCAAAACGGGAGCAGCAGAGCAUUAGAUCAAGUGCAAAGCCCUUGGCCCUGCUCCCUCUUUAUAGGUGAGGCUCAGAGAGGUUAAGUGGCAUGCUCAAAGUCACAAAGCUAGCAGAGUGGGGCUGCGAUUCAGAGUCAGGGGAUCUGGCUCCACAGCUCUGAGCUCCCACCCUGGGCCCCAGAUUUAAUUCACAAGUACUGACUGGCUGCUGUGGACAGAGUGCUAGGCUCGUCUGCGAGGGAUUCAAGAAUUGCUAAGCCCGCAGCCUCCAGGAGCUCAGAACUCACUGGGGCAGGCAAGCCAGAUCCAAGAGCCCCCACGAUCCUUUGUUUUACUGAAUCACUUACAUCUGGCUCUUACUCCUCUCGUCUUUUCACCAGGACUGGCAAGAAACUCAAUUUCAGCCAUGAUCCCUCCUGGGGGGGCUUGUGUGGGGUCUGAGAAACCAAGGGGAGGAGCAGGGCCUGGUACCUCAUUCUGAGGGCCACCAUGGUGACCCUCACUUCUCUUCUACUCAAUGCUCUCCAACCACUGGGCACUGAUGUGUCUUCUUUGCUCAGGGUUUGGCUCUGCAGGCAGCAGGCCAAAGGCCUGGGGUAAAAUGGCCUUCCAUAGGCCAGAAACACGAAAGUUGGUGGGGCAGGACACAGUGCUGGUCUCCUUCCUAAGGUGGGGGUGGGGAAAGGAGCUGCUUUGUUUUUUUGGAGGGAGUCAGUCCUACUGUACCUGUUACAGGCAGAGUGGACAAGAGCAUCUACUUAGGAGUCAGACUGACAGCAUUCAAAACUGCUCUAAGGUUUGCACUUAAUAAUCACUUGGUAAUAAGUGGUUAUGCUCCCUGACCUUGAGUAAAUUACUUAACCUC